AUGCUUAAAGCUGUCGAAGCAAGGAUGGUUAGCAAAUGCUCAGGAUUGAUUCAAGCAUCUGAGUCACGCAUAAUGGAGAAAGUCGAUCUAAAUGAUCAGAGUAAUGAACUUCGAAUCAAAUCUCAAUCUUCAACGUUUAAUGAUGAAGUUAAAUAUUUUCGAAGGAUUGCCAAAGAAAUACAUGUGAUGUUUGUUCAAGAUGUCAAAAAGGUACGAGAAGAUGUUAAUUUCAAACUUCAAGAGCUUCGAGAAGAUAUGGAAAAAGAAAUUGAAGUGGUGCAACGUGGUUAUGCUUCUUUAAACCAGCAAGUUGACAUUAUUGAUGAGGUUGUCACCAAAGUUGAAAGCUUUAAUAUUGAAGUCCAGUUCUUCUCCAUUGAUAAAUCCUAA